GCAACUAUGUUGUGUAUUGUUGUUGAGGUAAACGGACAUCCUGUCAAGGCUUUUGUUGAUUCUGAAGCUCAAGAAACUAUAAGAGGUUUCUCAACUUUAUUAAAUUCAUCAUCAUCAUUGGCUUCCACAUCAAAUGUUAUACCUCCUAGUCAACCAUCUAAUACUAACAUAUCUACUCCAGGCAAAGUCAAACUUAUUUAUCUCAAGGAACAUAUUGAACAGAUAACGUCAAUGGGUACAGUAAAGCUAUCAAAUCAUUAG